UUACCAGGGAUACCGAUGAAAGCGACGUCGAUGUUCUGCAACGAAAGCUGGCUUGUGAAUUUAGUUUAUGAAGGAAACCCAUAGUUAUGAGAUGCAAUAUAUUCUCACCUAUGAAUGUAUUUUGCGCGGAGUUUGCUAGCUAUAUUCUACAAUAGUUUGUUUGUCAACGGUGACUGAAUCUCCAGCUAGCUAACGUUACUUCCAUAAGCUAGCUAGCAAGUUGCUAUCGUUUGCUCUCUAACAUUGCUAGCUGGCUAAUGUUAGCUUUAGCAAGCAAAUUCUAGUGAACGUGUGUUGGGUCACUUGGCAGCAACGAUGUUUAUUUAUCUCAGUAAGAAGAUUGCCAUCCCCAACAACAUACGGCUGAAGUGUGUGUCAUGGAACAAAGACCAAGGCUUUAUAGCCUGUGGAGGGGAUGAGGGUCUUCUCAAAGUCCUGAAGCUGGAGACACAGACAGACGAUGCCAAACUCAAAGGACUUGCAGCACCCAGCAAUUUGUCAAUGAAUCAGACACUUGAAGGCCACAGUGGUGCAGUCCAGGUUGUGACGUGGAAUGAGCAGUACCAGAAGCUCACCACGAGUGACCAGAAUGGUCUCAUUAUUGUGUGGAUGCUCUACAAAGGCUGCUGGUACGAGGAGAUGAUUAACAACAGGAACAAGUCCGUGGUGAGGAGCAUGAGUUGGAAUGCAGACGGCCAGAAGAUUUGUAUUGUUUACGAGGACGGGGCAGUCAUUGUUGGAUCUGUAGAUGGUAACCGAAUCUGGGGGAAAGAGCUCAAGGGAAUUCAGCUCGCUCACGUGGCCUGGUCGCCAGAUAGCAAGAUCCUCCUUUUUGGGAUGGCCAAUGGGGAAAUCCACAUCUACGACAAUCAGGGAAACUUCAUAAUGAAGAUGACGGUCAGCUGUCUGCACAACGUGACUGGAGCCAUCAGUAUCGCAGGGAUCCACUGGUACGCAGGGUCAGAGGGCUACGUGGAGCCAGACUGCCCCUGCCUGGCCAUCUGCUUCGAUAACGGACGGUGUCAGGUCAUGCGAUACGAGAGUGAUGAAAGCCCAGUGUUCAUAGACACACUGAUGAACGUGGCCAGUAUCCAGUGGAACCAGUGUGGCAGCGUGCUGGCUGUGGCAGGCUCCCUGAGGGGCAUGGAGAAGGAGGUCAACGUGGUGCAGUUCUACACCCCAUUCGGAGAGCAUUUGAGAACAUUGAAGGUACCUGGCAAGCAGAUGACAGAGGUGGCUUGGGAAGGGGGAGGACUGAGGAUUGGACUGGCUGUUGACUCCUACAUUUACUUUGCCAACAUAAGGCCCGAUUACAAGUGGGGCUACUGCUCCAACACAGUGGUGUAUGCCUAUACCAAGCCUGACCGGCUGGAGUACUGUGUGGUGUUCUGGGACACCAAGAACAACGAGAAGUUUGUCAAGUACGUCAAGAGCCUCAUGUCCAUCACCACGUCUGGAGACUUCUGCAUCCUGGCCACCAAGGCAGAUGACACACACCCACAGGAGGAUGCUGACGUAGAGUCGGGAAAUAAUGCCAUGUAUGUGCUGGUUCUCUGUAACUCCAUUGGGACCCCACUGGAUUCAAAAUACAUUGACAUUGAUCCUCUGUUCGUGACCAUGACUAAGACCCAUGUGAUCGCUGCGUCCAAGGAGGCUUUCUACACCUGGCAGUACCGCGUGGCCAAGAAGCUAACUGCCAUGGAGAUCAACCAGGUGUCCAGGACCAGGAAGGAAGGUAGGGAGAGGGUUUAUCAUAUUGAUGAUAGUCCAUCUGGGACCACUGAGGGCCCCCUGGACUUUGCCAAGGCCUUCACUGCAACACGAGACCCCAUUUGUUGCAUCACAGCAACAGACAAGACACUGAUUGUGGGCCGUGAGUCUGGUACCAUACACAAAUACAGCCUCCCUAACGUUGCUCUGGUGCAGAAAUACUCCUUGAACUACCGGGCCUACCAGCUCUCACUCAACUGUACCUCCAGCCGCCUGGCGAUUAUUGAUAUUUCGGGAGUGCUGACGUUUUUGGACCUGGAGGUGCGUUCGUCUUCGGAUGAUGGCUCUGGAAGCCAGGCGGGGACAGGCGACCCCUCCAAGUUUGAGCGUAAGGACGUCUGGGACAUGCUGUGGGCCAAUGACAACCCUGAUCUGUUUGCCAUGAUGGAAAAGACCAGGAUGUACGUGUUCAGGAACCUGGACCCAGAGGAACCCAUUCAAACGUCUGGAUACAUUUGCAACUUUGAAGACCUGGAAAUCAAAUCGGUCCUGCUAGAUGAAAUCAUGAAGGAUCCGGAGAGGCCGAACAAGGAUUACCUCAUCAACUUUGAGAUCCGUUCCCUCCGCGACAGCCGCGCGCUGAUCGAGAAAGUGGGCAUAGAGGACGCCUCCCAGUUCAUCGAAGACAACCCUCACCCCAGACUCUGGCGCCUAUUGGCCGAGGCGGCCCUCCAGAAGCUGGACCUGAAGACGGCUGAGCAGGCUUUUGUCCGCUGUAAGGACUACCAGGGCAUCGAGUUCGUCAAGAGCCUGGGCAACCUGCAGAGCGAAGCCAUGAAACAGGCCGAGGUGGCGGCCUACUUCGGCAGGUUCGAGGAGGCCGAGAGAAUGUACCUGGACAUGGAUCGCAGGGACCUGGCUAUCAGCCUGAGGAUUAAGCUGGGGGACUGGUUCCGCGUCCUUCAGCUCCUAAAGACGGGAUCAGGUGACUGUGAUGAUGCCCUGCUGGAGCAGGCGUACAAUGCCAUCGGGGACUACUUUGCAGACCGACAGAAGUGGGUUAAUGCGGUCCAAUACUACCUUCAGGGGCGCAACCAGGAGAGGCUGGCAGAGUGUUACUACAUGCUGGAGGAUUACGAUGGACUGGAACGACUGGCUAGUUCUCUACCGGAGAACCACAAACUGCUACCGGACAUCGGCCAGAUGUUUGUCACCGUAGGCAUGUGUGAGCAGACGGUGAACGCCUACCUGAAGUGCAACCAGCCCAAGGCUGCUGUCGACGCCUGCGUUCAUCUAAAUCAGUGGAACAAAGCUGUGGAACUGGCCAAAAACCACAACAUGAAAGAGAUCAACUCUCUUCUGGCCAAGUAUGCCUCUCACCUGCUGGAGAAGAACAAGCCUUUGGAGGCCGUGGAGUUGUACCGUAAAGCCCAUCAUUUCCUAGAAGCAGCUAAACUCAUGUUCAAGAUAGCGGAUGAGGAGGCUAAGAGGAGGACCCGGCCAUUGAGGGUGAAGAAGCUGUAUGUGCUGGCAGCCCUGCUAGUGGAGAACUACCACAGCCAAGUGAAGACCUCCCAGCAGAACAAGGCCAAAGGGAAGACGUCAGAGGCUACAUCUGCUCUAGCUGGCCUGCUGGAGGAGGACGCCACCUCCUCAGACAACCGCAUGGUGGACAGCGCCUGGCGUGGGGCCGAGGCCUACCACUUCUUCCUGCUGGCUCAGAGGCAGCUGUACGAAGGCUACAUGGUGAAAGCCAUGAAGACAGCUCUCCACCUACGGGACUACGAGGACAUCAUCCCAGUGGUUGAGAUCUACUCCCUGCUGGCCAUCUGCUCGUCAGCCAACCGGGCUUUCAGUACGUGUUCCAGAGCUUUCAUCAAGCUGGAGUCCCUGGAGAGCCUGAGCCUUGAGCAGAGACAGCUCUACGAAGACCUGGCUCUGGAGAUCUUCACCAAACACAGCCCCAAGAACAACCACAUGUCUGGACUGGACAACGCUCCUGAGGGGGCUGAGGGGAAGCUGCCCACCUGCAUCGUGACCGGCUGGACAAUCUCAGAGUACCAGUUCUGGAUGUGCAGCGUGUGUAAGCACUGUGCACUGGAAAACGAGAUUGGCAGCCACAACUUCUGCCCUCUGUGCCACAGCUCGCUGGCAUAAAGUCCAAGAUCUUUAAGUCAAUCAGUACUGCAAACUUUUGAGUUUCCAAGGAUAAGCCCCAAGAACAGGGCAGGUACGACGCAUACAUUGGCUCACACUACACUCAGGCUAAAUAAAUACGGUGCCUUCAGAAUUAAUUUAUAGCCCUUGAUUUAUUCCACAUUUUGUUGUUACAGCCUGAAUUCAAAAUGGAUUUAAAAAAAAUCUCACCCAUCUACACACAAUACCCCAUAAUGACGAAGUGAAAACUGGUUUUUAGAAAUGUUUGCUA